AACUGUGGAAAACUGGUGAGUGUGGCGUCUUCCCUCAGUUGCUUGGAGGCGCUUUCCUCGCAAGAGCAUUUUUCUCCUUUUGGGUUUGUGCCCACUCAUACUUCGGCAGGCGGUUUUUCUAGUUGCAACCAUGAAUGAACCCUGUUUUUUUUGUUGAGGAGAACGGGAUAACAGGAGAAAUGGAUGAUUACACAAAAAUAGAGAAGAUUGGGGAAGGUACCUAUGGUGUUGUGUAUAAAGGUCGUCACAAAACCACAGGCCAAGUGGUGGCAAUGAAGAAAAUACGUCUAGAAAGUGAGGAGGAAGGCGUUCCAAGUACUGCUAUCCGAGAAAUUUCUUUAUUAAAAGAGCUGCAUCAUCCCAAUAUAGUCUGUCUUCAGGAUGUUCUUAUGCAGGAUUCAAGACUGUACCUUGUCUUUGAAUUCCUCUCCAUGGAUCUCAAGAAAUACUUGGAUACUAUUCCAUCUGGCCAAUAUUUGGAUCGUUCACGUGUUAAGAGUUACUUGUAUCAAAUCUUGCAAGGUAUUGUCUUCUGCCAUUCAAGAAGAGUUCUGCACAGAGACUUAAAACCUCAGAAUCUCUUAAUAGAUGACAAAGGAGUGAUUAAACUGGCAGACUUUGGAUUGGCCCGAGCCUUUGGAAUUCCAGUGCGGGUAUACACUCAUGAAGUAGUGACACUGUGGUACAGGUCUCCAGAGGUGUUGCUGGGAUCUGCUCGUUACUCUACCCCUGUAGAUAUAUGGAGCAUAGGUACCAUAUUUGCUGAGCUGGCAACUAAAAAGCCGCUUUUCCAUGGAGACUCAGAGAUUGACCAGCUCUUCAGAAUCUUCAGAGCUUUAGGGACCCCCAACAAUGAGGUAUGGCCUGAAGUGGAAUCUCUGCAAGACUAUAAAAACACUUUCCCAAAAUGGAAACCUGGCAGCCUUGGAACACAUGUCAAAAACUUAGAUGAUGAUGGGCUUGACCUGCUGGCUAAAAUGUUAAUUUAUGAUCCUGCAAAAAGAAUUUCUGGCAAAAUGGCCUUGAACCAUCGAUAUUUUGAUGACUUGGACAAAUCCACUCUCCCUGCUAAUCUGAUUAAGAAAGAGUAGACCUUUGUAUGAAAUCAACCAGAGUGAAAUAAUUGUGCUUACUUUUACUAUUAAGUCUGUCUGUAACUUGUAUGUCUGUCUCCUAAAACUCUUUAGUUCGUUUUCAUUUAAGUGUUAUCUAAAUGUAAAUAUUAACCUAUUAGUCCUAAGUUCAAAUACAAUGCAAGUAUUGCUGCCGUUAAGACAAUGAACUUUCUAUAAAUAAAGCUUUAAAUCCA